GUCAUAUAUCUGUACAUUUUUUUGUAUCACUGUUCUUUGGUUACCUAUGCUUUAUGCAUAUAACGGUAUUCAAAUAUUUCUGAUUAUGUCUCUAAAUUAAUUGUACCGGUCAGAAAAAUCAUAGGAACUUUAUUUCGUACGUUGUUUCCAGAGGAAUAUCUCAGAGACGGACGGUUGCAGCCAGCGUGUGGUUUUAUUUAUUUUGUCACGGUUGUCACUUAAGUUUUUUAACGGUUACCGACAAUGACGCGCCGUAUAAAACAAGCGGAAACCAUAUAGUAUUUCUGAGGCAUGUAAAACACGUCUAAGUAAUUCAGACGAAUGUGUUAACCGUAAAACAUUACCGCGAGCUCGUGCGCUUGUGUUUUUUGUCGGACCGUCAUGAGUGACGUGUACCUGAACGCACCACAUUUUCUAAUCAUAACAUCAUGAAAUAUGUUUAUGACUGCGCUUUACGCAGGAUAGAGUACCUACAAUGAGAGAAAUCAUUCAAGCCGGCCGCUAGGAAGAAUGGGAUUUAAAGCCGCGAGUCAUUUGUGCUGGAAAGAGACGAAAGACGCUGUUGCAAACUAGGAAUGAGAGUUUAACAUGUAGAUGACAUGAGCUCAAGCUCGAGGCUGUGUCAGUGAAAUACUCGACCUGCUCGCGUGCCACAGCGCUGCUCUGAGAGGCUCAGAGAUGAUGUACUCCUCACGGAGAAAACCUGUGCUGUAUUUCAAAGAUGACCGAAGUUUUCUGUCGAGGAAAUGCACCGUCUGGAAGCUCUUUGGGCUCUGCAUGCUGUUUGUUUUGGGCUCUCUUCUUUGGGUGCAGCUGACUUGUUCAGGAGGCAUGAGCCAGACGGUUGGGUCCAGUCACCUCCCUCACCAGCCCUGUCCUGUAGAGAGACAGUCGUCGUCUGCUGAUGACCCAUCGUGGGGCCCUCACAAAAUGGCCCUCAUUGUGCCAUUCAGAGAGCGCUUUGAAGAGCUGCUUGUAUUUGUCCCUUAUAUGCAUGCUUUCCUCAACAAAAAGAAAAUACGACAUAAAAUAUUUAUUGUAAACCAGCUGGAUCACUUUCGGUUCAAUCGGGCCUCUCUUAUUAACGUUGGGUUUAUGGAAAGCGGUAAUGACACCGACUACAUUGCAAUGCAUGAUGUGGACUUGUUGCCUCAAAAUGAGGAUCUGGACUAUGGAUUCCCGAAGGAGGGUCCCUUCCAUGUGGCCUCUCCAGAGCUUCAUCCCUUAUAUCAUUAUAAGACGUAUGUUGGAGGAAUCCUGCUGCUUUCCAAGAAACAUUAUCAGCUGUGCAAUGGGAUGUCGAACCGCUUCUGGGGAUGGGGAAGAGAAGAUGACGAGUUUUUUAGAAGACUGAAAACAGCUGAUCUUAAGCUUUUUAGGCCAACGGGUAUUACUACAGGAACUAAAACAUUUCGACACAUCCAUGAUCCAGGCUGGAGGAAGAGAGAUCAGAAGCGGAUCGCUGCACAAAAGCAGGAGCAGUUUAAGGUGGACCCAGAGGGUGGCCUGACUAACCUCCGCUACAAGGUGGAGUCCAGACAGGAAGUGACCAUCAGCGGAGCUCCAUGUACUGUCAUCAACACCUUUCUAGAGUGUGACCUCAGCCUGACCCCAUGGUGCCAGUCCAGCUAGUAUGCUUAAGCAGGACCUGUAAAGCCAGAAUGAUUCGCAUUCUCCUUCUGUGGCGGCAGGAAGGCUUUCACAGAUCACUGGUGCCAGUCACACUUGAAAAAUCACCCUGAUCGGCUAACCAAAAGGACUUGAAUAUGUGACUGUGGGAAAAUAACUUUCUCUAAGUUUUUAUUUUUAUAGGACCGUGUUGUUGGCUUCAUCCAUUAAUUUUUGAACUGAACUAUGGACCAAUGUCAGGUACUGCACUUUGAGUUUGCAUCAUCUACAUUUCAUAUACGAGCAUCUAAAUGUCCGGUUUUUAAUGAGUUUUAUAAUAUUUUAGUUGUAGCAGUGGCCUGUUUUGGACCGUUUCUCUUAGUGCAAUUGUGAGUAUUUUGCUCAGCCAUGUCUUGACAGAAUUCUGUUUCUUUUCGCUUGAAAAUCACGUCUUGAAAAGGACAAUAUUAUAUAUAUGAAAGUGUUUCGACGGUACUUGGAUUGUAUUUGCACAUUAUUCAGUAUUUAUAUAAAAGCAAAGGUUUCCUAGUUUCAGUCUUUGUACUUUUCUCCCAUGUUUCAGAUGCAUGGAAUGCUGUUACUCUUACACUCACAGGAUUAUAUAUAGAUCUUGUCGAGGGGUGAGAACCAGAAGGGCGUAAGUGACAUUGCACCGACUUUACAGGAGGGCCAAAACAAAAAUUGACCAUAGUUUGAUCUGAUUUUGUGUAAUGAUUUCAAUCUUUUAUAAUAAAAAAUGUGU